AUGUCUAUUCAAACUGGAGGCCUAGCCAAAAUUGCCCAUAUUCCAUUGUCCCAGAUUAGACGGCCCAUAGCGCCUGUGUUGGACUACGAAAAGAUUGACGCCAUGCUAGCUACGAUGGGGGGACGUCCUACUGCGAGUAGGACGUGUACACUUGAAGAGGCAACCGAGAUGAAUGGAGAACUGCCUCCGAUCGAUGUGAUGUGUGUCAGAGAUCAAGGCAAGACUUUUUACUUUGCUUUUGGUGGAUGUCAUCGGUUUCAGGCAUACGAAAGGAAAAGUGAAGAACUUGGAGAAGAUGUCAAAGUUAGGUGCAAACUUAUCCCUUCGACUCGAAGCCAACUGAAGUUGUACGUGGGUUCGAGCGUUGAUAAGAUGUUCGAACAGGUUGACGAGCAACGCGCACAAACGAAUUGA